ACAGAGGUUCGGUGGUUCAGGCAAUACAUAUACCAAGUCAAGCCUCUUCAAUAUGGCCAAUCUCCCUGUGGUCAGGAGUCAGCUUGUUCGAUGGACUGGUCGGUCCCUCCCCAGAACACUAUCCUCAGUCAGACCCAGCCGCCGGUUCAGCAAAGCAAAUUCAUUGCACAUACCGGUUUUUCCCACGCUUCAUCCUCUAGAGGACAUGCCGGUCUUUCCUGAGAUAGAAUACCAGCCGGAAACGGAGAAUUUCUAUGAGCAGUCUCGCUGGAGGGAGUCUAUGGCCCUACUCGUCCAUCAAAUGCUCAGCACCUACCUUGUGGAGGAAAACUUGUACAUAUUAACCACAGCCGAGGAAAAUCUAUCGUCAAUCACAAUCCAUGAGAUGCUCAAUGAGGUGCCCGAGGAGCUCAUGUCUGUUCUACUCGCUGAAUUGAGCCCGUAUUUGGCCUCAGAGAAGGCCAUUGCUAACUUUGAGGAUUUCAUCUUCUCCUUGAAUACUACUACCAAAAACCGAAUCAAGCGAGAGUUCAGUUCUAAUCCGUACUUUAACAACUACGAAAAUUUAGUGACUAAACAGACGGAAAUGCGCAGUCUAGCCUCCGCUUUCAGUCUUGGCUUCUCUGAGAAGCGGGCCGAGACGCGGGUUUUGACUGUAGCCCUAGAUGCCGUGUUUAACGGUUUCCAGCUGUCUAGACCUCACACCAUUCUUCUUGAGAUCUCUCGGGUACUCCUCACCACACCUGUUUUGCCAGACUACGACCUUAUUGCGUAUCUCUCGAAAAAGUUCCACAGGUUGGGAAUGACCAAUUACAGCAACCUCUUGUAUCAUCUCACACCGUUUCUUCUCGGGUUUGAUGCCACCCCUGCGAGGCUUCUCUUCCGCAUGAGCCACGCGCUGGCUAACAACUGGAGCCGAGACUUUAUGAACGAAUUGCGUUUUUUUGACAUUAACACGUCUGUGCAUCUUCUCGACAACCAUUACCACUACAACAAUACCUUCACUACUCAUGUGAGUUUGCAUCCGUUCUCCAAACUUACGCGGUUCCAGAAGUACAACCACACGGUGGUGGAAAUUGACGGCUUUGCAGAGGCGAUUGCCGAAACCAAAGACAAGGCAUGUAAUGUUGGCCCGUCUACGUUUGAGCCAAUAUCCAAUGAAUCGACAAAUGCUGCAGUAUCCAAUCUGAGACCCACGGUGCUAGCCUUUACACACACCAAGGACAUUGAGUACCAGUCAAAAUACUUCCACCGCGUGGAACGCGACCGCGAAGGCCCUGUGAGACUCUCCCCUUCAGUGCACAAGCUCCUCUUUCAAAAUACUACAGCCAGUGUUCUUUUGUGUCCGAUGAAGACGUACAAAGCCGCCUUAAGGGGAUGCAUCCAGUUCGAGCAGUUCCCCGUCUUUGACACUUUGUGUCUCAAGAUGCUCAACAACACCAUCCUCGAUACUAACGGGGAUCCGUACGUGGUAGUUGGCGGGGAAUACAGCCGCGACACUGCGGAUGUUUUCAGGCUAGAAUACCAGAACGGAUUUGUGGUGCCAUAUCCUGUCAAGCUCAUCAACAACCUUGCCAAUAUCAACAUCAUCAAUGAUUCCUAUCGCGACUGCGUGGCCGCUCAGGAGAAGCUAGACAAGUUGGGCAUACAUUUGAUCAUGGAUAAAGAAAUGUUGUCGCUUCUCCUCAGCGGCGUCAAGCAGUCACAGGACAUUGAAAGGCUCCGGUGGAUCUCGCCCCUCAUCCACUCGUACCUCCAGCUCUACAAGUCUAAUUUUGAGAAGGAAGAGAUAGUCAAGGAAAUGGAGUACUUGAUGGGCACACGCAUUCGGAAGUUUGUGCACAAGCAGUACCGGCGAUUCCGACGGAAGAGUGAGGCCCAGCGCGAAGCCGAGCCGCUUCUGAUCAUGCUUGAGAACGAGUAUUUCGCUAACUCUCCGCUCAAUAAAAACAAGCCGUUUGAUGCGUUGCUCGGGUUUCAGAUUUUAAGUGUGUAUAUGAUGUUCAAGAGCACCAUGGCCCACGACUUACGUGAGUUCAAUAAGGUAUUGGACUUUGAGAACAGCUACUACAAGAUUUUUCACAUGGUGGAGGCCGAAAUGGAGGUGAUCAAAAGUAAGGAAUAGUUUUCAAGGCUCAACAUGUAAAUAUAAAGGUUGCAUCGAAAGGUCGUGAAGACCAUAAACCAAUGUGGGGGUGU